GUGUGUGUGUGUGUGUGUAAACGUGGAAUCAGAUCCCACAAAACUGUACGGGCAGAGGGUAGAAGCAAAACCAAAUCUAGAGAGAAGCAGCAGCAAGAAGCUUAAAAGCAAGCAACCACGAGGUUCUUCGAUAGAGGGCAGGCAAAGGCAACCUUCGAAAUCCUGCUGCUUUUCUCACAAUUUCUUGCCUUAAGAAUCGUGGGUUUCUCUUCUUAUUCUUUGCAGCACUCUUUUUUUUUUCCCAUAAAUUGUUAAAGAUAUCAUUCAAAUUUUGGUAGAAAGGCCUUGGAAUCUUUACAUAAACAAAAACAUAUAAUUGGGAGAGAAAGGAACAGAGAGAUAAUGUCAAAGAAGAAAGCUUUUAGUGGCCAUACAAUGAGUCUUAAGGACUUUCAUGGUGGCUCUAUCCCUACCAAUCUCCCUUUGCCUUCUGCUCCUGGUGUAAUUGUUAGGUCUAAUGAUUGGCCUGGUCAUGACCGGCUGAAUUCAUGGGGAGGUCGAGUGAAUCGUCCUGAUCACUGGGUUAGGCCCCAUUCAUCCCCAGCCACGAGGCAUUGGGAUGAUAAAACUCCGUUUCUUAGUCGUAAUGUAUGCAUUGGUCGUCACUUUGAUGAGGAGGAAAGGAAACCCUUGGAUGGUUUUUCAGGUCCACGCCGGACUUUCAGUGAUGAGAGUUUUCGAGUUGCACCAAGUAAGGUAGAGUUGAUGCCAGAGGCUGCUUUGAGUGGGGAGGUAACUGCUUCAUAUAUGGCAGCUUCAACUGCAGAGUCACAUGCAAGGAGGGUUCAUGAGAGAGCUCAUGUGGAGGUGCAUUCGCAGAAUGUAGGAGAUACUGUUGGUUUGAGAGUUAAUGGGUCAUAUGCAAAUGCAUGGACAGUUAGGAAGGAGUUGGUCAUGGGCAUUAAUGAGCCACUGCAGUCGACCUGGUCAGAAACAAGUGCCAUGUCGAAGUUGGCUCAUGCAAGUGCAUUGGAAAAGGUUUCUUCAGGAAGAUGGCAGACAAAUCAUUCAAUGCAUAAUCAGACAAAUGCUGAGGUUGUUGAACAUCUGGAAACGGAGAAAGAUAUAGGGAACAUGGGUUCUGAUGGUUAUUCAUAUAAUAGGAUGAACGCGGCAGGUGAGACAGAAAUUUCUGCUGCAAUGUUGUCAAGGCAUGUGGAAAGGGGUCUGACUGUUGAGGAUAGGAUCCCGGGUCAUAGAAAGGAGUUUGCUGAUCGUGACAGGGACAGGGCUCCUUUGCCUUCAGAAUUGAAAGAGAGAAACCCAUUAACUCAUAUUGACAGGGUUCAACUGCCAUGUUCGGAUGCCAAAUUUGGUGGGUCUAUAGUGCAGCCCCCUGUGCGCCUUGAAGCAUCAGAGCGACCUAAGGUGAAGUUGCUUCCAAGAAUAAAGCCAUUGGAGGUUUCAGAACUUCCUGUGCCCCAUCAUAUGCAGGAGAACCAACUGCCAAGCAACCCGGCUCAUGGUUAUGCUAUUACUAGUAAAGAGUUGCACCCAAAUGUUAAUGCUGCAAAACUUCCUUCAGUUGGUGUUGAGACUGAGAAUCAAAUGGUAGAGCGGCGAAAAUUGAAUUUGAAGCCACGGUCACAGCCUCUUGAACAGUUAGAUGGGAACAUUGAAAGGGAAAGGAAACUGUUAUUUGGUGGUGCUCGGCCACGUGAAGUGGUUUUGAAAGAGCGAGGAAUAGAUGAUGCUGCCAUGAUCAACCAUGAUUUGGUUCGGCGUUUAGACAGGACCAAGCAUGAUGUUGUUAAGACUCUGAGAGUUACUGAGCAUGCAACUCCUACACGUAAUGGUCAAAGAACAGACACUCUUCCUCCGGAUCAAAGGAUUGUAAAGAAAUUUGAGCGGAAGGAUCAGCAGGUAGACACUGAGAGAGUGGAUGACCAGAGAAGAAACUGGCAUAAUGAGAACUGGAGGAACAAUAGGGAGACUGGGAGGAGGCAGCAGAAGGAAAGACAGCCUUCACCAGAGACCUGGCGCAAGCAUGUCGAGCAACCAAAACCUGCCUCCCCUGAUACAGGUUUGCGCUAUGGGAAAAUAGCUUCAGCUCUGGAGCUUGCCCAAGCAUUCUCAAGAUCAUUUUCUGAUCGAAAAUUAGCUGAUCGAUGUUCUGGCCAAAGGAACCUCCCUGGCAAUGUGAGGAUGCCUUUUUCCCGACUGAUGGCCCCAACUCCUAGGCCUCAGAUAAAUGGCUACUAAUUUGCGACUGGUAUUAUCGGUUUGCAGGAAGAAGAUAGUGUCAAUGGAUUAGUCCUUGCUGUUGAUAUUUCAACAUUCCCGAGGAAUGAAUAUUGAUGACUAUUCAAAAUUGAUUGCAAUUUUAUAGAUUGUGUUGGGUCCAUAUCCUUAACUUUGUCACCCUUUUGUUUAUUUUAUUGACAUCUGUAUUCUUCAUUUUUUUCUGAGAGGAAAAGGUGUUCUGUGA